UGUUUUGUUUGCAGUGCAAGUUUUUAUUGCUGUUCAGCCCCCUGAGUUCCCUCCAGAGCCAUUGGAGUGUGACAAGGAAGCUAUGCAGGCACUACACAGCCUUCUCCCCAAUCCAGGCUGCCUCUGCAAACAUUAAGCACCUUCCAGCAAGCUACCCACCUGCAGGUAGGGGGCCUCUUAAAGGGCCAGUCGAUGGUUAGGGUUGGUUCUAAAUGAGGGGGAAUACUCUGGUUUGCAGCCUUGCACUGGAAAAAACAAGUUCUCCAAAUGACAGACAGUGGCUUAACAACAGGUUGUUUAAAAAAGGACUAGAAACCUUCUGGAAAUAAGAGGUGCAGUGCUAUUUUUUGGUGUUUUAAAAAAAAAAAAAAACUGGAAAAGAGAUAACAAAUAGCAACCGGAGUGUAACACCACAAAGACACAGAACAGAGCAGAGAAGUGGAUUUGCAAAUCACCACUUUUCUCUGCAGCUGAACUUUUUUUCCUUGAAGGAAGGUGGAUUCCUAGUGGGGCUAAUCCCAAGCACAUUUUCAAAACUGUGAGGAUCAGAACCAAGACACAAAGAACAACAUUCUGCUUCGAAAAGAAAGAAAAUGGCCAACUCUGGUUUCCAGCUGCUGGGGUACUUCUUAGCACUUGGCGGGUGGAUUGGCAUCAUCUCCACCACAGCCCUGCCCCAGUGGAAGCAGUCGUCCUACGCUGGCGAUGCCAUCAUCACCGCGGUGGGUCUGUAUGAAGGCCUGUGGAUGUCUUGUGCUUCUCAGAGUACAGGGCAGGUGCAGUGCAAGGUGUACGACUCUCUGCUGUCACUGGAUGUUCAUAUCCAGACGUGCCGGGCGCUGAUGGUGGUGUCCGUGCUGAUGGGCUUCCUCGCUAUCAUCGUCAGUGUCGUGGGAAUGAAGUGCACUAAAGUGGGGGACAACAACCCCGUCACGAAGAGCAGGAUUGCUGUCUCCGGAGGGGUCCUCUUCCUGCUUGCAGGAUUGUGCACACUGAUCUCUGUGUCCUGGUAUGCAACACAAGUCUCCCAUCAGUUCUUUAACCCAAACACACCUGUCAAUGCCAGGUAUGAGUUUGGCUCUGCUCUGUUUGUUGGGUGGGCGGCCGCCAGUCUCACCAUGCUGGGAGGGUCGUUUCUCUGCUGCUCUUGUCCUAAUGAGGAGAGAAGAGGGCAACAGUAUUACAGGCAAUCCCAGCCAUCCACAGCCAGGGAGGCUGAGUUGUUGAGUGAAACUAGUUUUCCUGACUGAGCAAACCCUGCCUCUUUUGAAGAUUAUUCAAGUUCCACUUAAUUUUUCCGUUUCCUUGUUCCUUCCUAGAUGCAAAAUUUGGACCCUUAUUACUUCACUAUAGUAUAAAAUCACAUAGAUGUUCUAUCUGCAUCUGAUAAUAUCAAAACCUGUGAAAGAAUAUGGACUCUGAUAAAUAAUAAAUGGACAAUGUCUGAACAUGUAACGAACAGUCUAAUUGACAUUGUGAUAACAAUAUUGUAUGCUGUAAAUACUGCCUAAAAAUAAUGUGUUGAGUUAUCAGUAUUAUAACUUUUGGUUAUGUUUUAAGUAACUGGUAGUCUAAUUUGUUUUAAUACAUGUAUACUUACUUAAACAUUUCUUUUCUUUUAAAUUGCAGAACAAAUGUAAAAAUGUCUCCACCAGAGAAAGGGGAGCAGUACUUGUAGUUUGGAUAAUGCCCAGCCAUUGGUCACAUGCUGUUUAAUUUUUGCAACAGACAAGACUCUUUAAGGCAAAUGUAAAGCUAAAUUUGUUAUACCAAAUAAAUUUUAAAAAAAUGACUACCGCUGUAAAACACCUACAUGUAAAAUCUAAUUCUUGCUAUAAGCCUUUUCCUUUCAUGAGUAUGCACAGAGAAGAAAAUCAUAUGUGAAACACUGUGAUUCCCAUUCAAAUCCGAUUAGGGUUAGUGCCACCAAGCUUCUUAAAGAUAGAAUGGAAAAGGUUUAAAAUGAAGGAGUGUCCUCUUACCGAAUUUCAUUCAUGUUACUGGUUUUCAAUUCUUGCUCUGUACAGUAUCUGUUUUUCAUCACAUCACUGAAAUGUAUUUCAACACGUUUACGAUCAGCAAGGUCCACAGCCACAGCCGAGCUGCUGAAGCCCAUUCCAAGUAACGGUAGUUCAUGAACCUGCAGGGGCUAUGUGCUGCUUCAGUGUGAGACUAGCGGCUAGGGAGUGACACUCAUGUAUUUCAUUUAGUCUCACUUGCAAGGCCUGUGUGCGCUUCCCUGAUGACAAUGAUUGGUGAGUUAUUUGCUGCUGUUAACAAGAGGCAUUGAGCACUGAAUCUCAAAGAACACUUUUGAAAAUAGGUUGCCUAACUCUCUAACCUUUAUUCUCACAUCGACGAUGCAAAACUCCCGAGCUGGAAACUCAACUAAGGCUACUUGAAAUAGUCUUCGGCAGCUAGACUUGGGGCUAUGAACUUGCCACGCUUAAAUAUUUUAAACUCCACUUUCAAAGAUAUGAUAAAGACAGAAACAAAUCAAGAAUAGGAAACCAAAUACCAUGAAUGAUAUUUGGGUAAGAGAAUAAUCCAUUUUGAGAAAUGCUUUCCAGUCUGCCUUUAAUGCAUUUAUCUGGGGAGUCAAAGCUGCUAUUUACUGUACACCUCCAACACACUGCCAUCUGUCAGCACUUUUGUUGUAUGUUAAUAGGAGUAUCCUUAUAAAUGUCUGCUAUGGUAAAAUGGUGGUAAUUAGAAGUGAUGGCUGGUAAAUGCAUGCUAAAAGCAUGUAUACAAACAUGAAGCAUGGGAAAGUGUGUGGCAUGAUAACGCAUGCAAAUGUACUGAAGCAAACUUUAACAAGGUGUGAAUUGUUGUCAUUUUAAAAUAUAUGUAUGGUAGUAACAGAUACAAUAACAGCAGCUAAAUCCACUGUAUAUAUAUGAUAAGGGUAACAGUGGUGGUUUAGAUGCCAUUAUGUAUUCACUGUGUCACAGAAGAGCCAAAGUGCUUUCUGUCUCUGAGCAAUAUAAACUAACACUAGCACUAAUUCCCUGGAAACCCCAGGAUGUCAUAUUUAUGAAAGAGCAAAUGUGAGUCAAUGGGAGAGUUCCAGGGGAUCAUUUGAUCUGGGAAAUUAUUAUAUAGCAUAUACCGUGCUUUAAAAACCAUUCGGGCCGAGCAACAUUUCCCUCCACUUAAUGCACCAUAAAAAUAAAAUAACGCAGCAGGAAGAUAUAUGGGAAACAGUUCACCUUUAUGGCCAGUAGGGAUAUACUGAUUCACAAGCAGGUCUUUAUCAUCAAUUCAAAUGGACUAAUUCUGCAACCAAACCCAAUUAUUAUAAUUGUUUUUAAAAGCUUUGCUUUAUAAAUGUCUCCUUUAUUUUCACCAAUAAGCUUCUCUAAAGAGUUGAAAAUCAUAACAUGAAAUAUUAGUGGGAGGUGUUUCACCUCAAAACCACUGUGUUUUUACCUCGUUAAAUAAGCAAUGAUUAUUCUGUUAAAGACAAUAACUUGUACUUAGAUAUCCACUGAAACAAGUUAUUAGAGAGAAAUGGGACGUCACAGGGGUGGAAAAGGAUCUCAUAGGAGAAAACAGCGAGAAAAGACCCAAAACAAAAUAGCACAAUACUGGAAACUGUGCAAAAAAAGUUAAGUUGUCUUUAAAAUCCUAAACAGGUCUUAAAAAAACAGUUCCUCUUGAACAGCGUUGGUAAUGCAUUAUUGUUAUUUCAUGGUAUUUUAUAUUGCCUUAUAUUCCAUUACUUUUAUCAGCGCUUUUUUUGUGAGAUUUUUGAUCUCCAAAACACGUCACAGUUUGUGAGAAGAGGACACCAUUUUACAUUUUGUAAUUUACAAACAUUCCUGUCAAUGAGCAAUAGCUUCAGAUCAUUUAAGAGAGCUGUAAUCAGCCCCAAUAGAAACAAUACAAUGUGAAGAUUAAUCUAUGACAAGAUUCCUCUUCUUUUAAGGGUUUUGAGAUUAUAUGAAUAGCCUUACAUCUCGAAAAUUAGGGAAUUCC